AUGGACAGGAUCCUGGCUGACCAGAACUGCCCUGGGGAGGACAACAGAUGCCCCAAAGAGCCAGACUCCACUGAGCACCGCAAGAAGAGCAGGAAGCCUUUUCGGCGAAUAGCCAAACCACCCUACACCUAUAUGGCUAUGAUUGCCCUGGUCAUCCAGAAAGCUCCUGAAAGGAAGCUCACAAUAUUAGAGAUCUGUUAUGAGAUCGGCAUCCUCUUCCCUACCUUGAAGUGGGAUUAUCAGGGCUCUCGGAAGUCUAUUACACGCUCCCUCUACGCCAAUGAUUGUUUCAAAAAGGUCCUGAAAGAUCCGCUGAAGCCUCACGCCAGAAACAACUACUGGAUGGUGGAUGUGAGCCAGAUUCCCACUGAUUGCCUGAAGCGAAAGGAUAUGGCAUUAUCCCGAAAGUAUGCCUUCCCUUAUGACUUGGCUCCUUAUAUCCUGCAUGGACAGCCCUACAGACCUCUGGAUUUUCAUAUUUCAAAAGAUACUUUAAUCAGUCCAGAAAUGGAGGCCCCACUCCCAGUACAAACCCAACCCUUAUGUAUAGAUCCUGCCGUGUCCUUCCCAAUGUUAUGGAACCUUCCAACAUGCUCAAAAUAUGUUCCUAAUGUGGUGGCUUCUCCCAGAACCCACCCUCUCCUGCUUUAUUCCAACUGCCCCUCUCUGUCUUUGUAUGACAUGCCUUCCCCACACAAGCUCCACCUAUGCAGAGCAAAGGGAUGUCUAAUCUCCCAGUCUGAUGCCCCAAAUACCUCCCCUGCCAAGACCCUCUGA